CUAUGACGUUAAUUAAUUGAAAUAUCAUAAUAUACUAAUUGUUAGUUUUCAAUUGAAUAUUCAUAUUCAUUUUAAAAUUUAAUAUAAUAUUGAAGUAAUUAUCACUUUAUGUUCGUUUAAUUUUGAGGUCGGAAAAUCAUAUGGGAUUUUUCUACUGGAGUAUUGGAUUUGGACGAUUUAAUUCAACAAUUUUGUGAAUCAGUACCAUUGUUGAAGGAGAGUAGACAGAAAAGCUCAAUCCACUAAUGCAAGAGUGAGAAAUUAAUUUUGAUUUAAAAAAGGUGCAUCUCCUUUUCCUCCAUAGCCUGAGCUUGAUGGCUGAUUGUGCAAGCAAAGCAAGCUCUACCCUUAUUAAAAACUAUCCUUAAAUUUCGUCUUUCAUGUUCAUCAGUCUCUCCCCGCGAAUUAAUUUUGUAAGCUACUGGUGGUUGCUCUACUGUACUAAAUAUAUACGCCAACACCUAUAAUUUCUUUUAAGUCUCCCCACCCCUUUGUCUACCACUAAUUUUAUUAUAUAUGGUUUGCUCCCCUUUUGUUGCUUCACUUCUAAAAUUCACCACAUGAAGAAAGGUUCUCUCUCUCUCUCUCUCUUUACUUGGAGAAUUCACUGGCAAAGUAUUUGAAAUUCGUUUUCUCUCUCUCUCUCGCUCUCUUUCUCAAGAGAGACACAGUGUCCGUAGUUUGUCUUUCUCAUGAAACACACUUGAAAUUAAACAUCUUUUCAGAGAAUCCGAGGUCAUAAUCUUCAGUCUCUUUCGACUCAAGUGAAACAAAGUUGCAUUCCUUUUUGUUAAUAGUAGAGUCAUUUGUCAAUCCCAGUCUAUAUCUUGUAUUGGAAGAUAAUAUUGCCAUUAAUUUGCUCAUCAGCAAUCUCCAUUUAGUUUCCACCGAUUUCCUAUAAAUAGAAACUAGUAAAGAAGCCCGUAGAAGUAGAGAAGUAAUUGAUUAAAGCAACAGUCCCCAGUCCGGUGAACAGUAUUUGAGAGAGAGAUGAAUAGUGCGAGCCCUCGAAGAGAAAAAGAUGUGCCAAUCUCAAGAAACUGCGGAGGAAAUGGCCACAGUAUCUUUUCUUCAGGAGUCGGUACUGGACCGCCCUCUCCAAGCAUGGACGAGAACCUUAGAGCUCACAAGAAAGUGGUGAGGUACAGGGAAUGCCUGAAGAACCAUGCAGCAGCCAUGGGAGGAAACGCCACGGAUGGGUGUGGAGAGUUCCUGCCGAGCGGCGAAGAAGGCUCCCUUGAGGCGUUCAAGUGCUCAGCUUGCAACUGCCACAGGAACUUCCACCGAAAAGAGGUAGAGUGUGACUGCCCUUUCGAUUGUUACCACUCUGCGCUCCUCAACAACGCUGCGGGGAGAAAACUCAUCUUGGGUGUUCCUCAUCACAAUUACAUUCUGGGUGCUUCUGCAGCAGCUGGUACCUUGAUUUCCUCCAGGGCAGAACCACCUCAUCAGAUGAUAAUGUCCUACAAAGGAGGCUCAAUCCCUUCAGAAACAGAUGAGAAAGAUGAUGGAGGAGGAGGUGCAGCAAGGGUUAGUGGAAAGGUGAGGAAAAGGUUCAGGACCAAGUUCACCCAGGAGCAGAAAGACAAGAUGUUCAACUUUGCAGAGAAGGCUGGAUGGAGGAUUCAAAAGCUGGAUGAGUCUGUUGUGCAGCAGUUUUGCCAAGAGCUUGGAAUCAAGAGGCGAGUCCUUAAGGUGUGGAUGCACAACAACAAACAAAGCUUGGCGAAGAAAGACACCUCUGAAGGUUGAAGCCGUAGUCAAAACAAUAAUUUUAUCUUACAUCUUUCACUAGUAUUAAUUCCUAGACUUUCGUAAUCUGUUUUCCUAAGCUACGUACCUCCUGUAUGUCUCGCAAUGUCCCCCAGUCUUGUGAGAGUUAUUAAUGUUUUGUGCAACUGUACGAAAUGUACAACAUCAUUAUGCUGUUUUUCAA